AUGGCCAAUCUCAGUUCUGGAUCCUUGAAUUCUAGAUCCAAGAUAGUGAACGAGCUACCUAACAGUGCAAAUGCGCUGAGUUCAGUUGCCCAUUCUUCUCUUCCAACUCUAUCAAUCAAGCUUGGGGAAAGAAACUACAGUCAUUGGAGAUCCCAGGUGUUACCUGCGUUAACCUCCUAUGCACUUGAUGGCUUCUUCACAGUUAGCUGGUUAAAUUCUUCCAUUACCGAGUCUAUGUUUAGACAUGUUGCUAAGUGCGGUAAUGCGUAUGAAAUUUGGAAUACAUUAGAGUUGCAUUUUCAGUCUUUCUCAAAGGUGAGAACACUUCAUUUGAGAAAUCUAUUGCAAAGCACUAAGAAAGAGUCUAUGAGUGUUAAUGAGUAUAUUUUGAAAAUGAAAGAGUUAAGGGAUGAACUAGUGGCUAGUGGAGUUCAAAUUGGAGAUGAGGAAUUGUUGCUAUACAUUCUAGACGGUUUAGGUCCAGAGUUUGAUGCAAUGGUAGCUAAUUUGGUGGCUAACAGUAGUACUGCCACUCUCCAAGAAGCACAAAUACUACUCCACAAACAUGAGAUGAGAACUGAGAAGCAAAAUAGUAUAUUGUCUAACUUUCAUGGUAUGUCAUCUGCACUACUAGCCACAAAACAAGCUUCAAGUGAUGUUGGAGGUGUGUCACAGUUCCAAAUUCCUUUUGUACCACAAUUCCAAAAUACCAGGGCUGGAGGAGUUAUACCUCAUAAUAUUGGUUCUCCCUCUACUAUUCAACCAACUACAUCGUAG